AAAACAGGAUUCAUCACCAGAUUUGACCUCGCAUUUCCUCGCAAUUUUGUUCAAGGCAAAAUUGAGAACUAGGGCGAGGAUUCGCACACUUGGAGGCUUAAAUCUCGUGGUUUUGCGCCAAAAUGGGAAUACUUGGAAACUAUUGGGCAACAAUGACAGAUGGUGGGAAGAUGUGGUGCUUUGCAAAUAUAUGCAUUCUUGUAGUGGCGCUUGUCUCGUUUGGUCCUCUAGCCCCAUAUGCAGCUAUUUGUGUUCUGUUUCCAUUGUUGGUGGGCACCGGUGCAGCAAUGUCCAAAGAAGGCAUGGGAAUCUGGAAACACAGACGACAGAAAGAUAUAGCAUCUGAUAAGUGGUGUGUGGAGAAAAGGGGUGCAGUCAACAAUGAAUCAUCUGGAGGAGAAACGAAAGGUGUAACCGAAACUGGGUGCCUCUCCAUUGUUAUUCUUGGUGCUUCUGGUGAUCUUGCAAAGAAGAAGACUUUUCCUGCACUAUUCAACCUCUACCGCCAGGGAUUCUUGAAAUCUAACGAUGUUAACAUCUUUGGCCAUGCAAGAACCAAAUUUACAGUUAAUGAAUUCAGAGACCAUAUUCGCGGGUAUCUUUCCCUGGAGAAAAAGAAUCCCGAAUCUGUUUCAAAUUUUCUGCAAUUGAUGAAAUAUAUAUGUGGCGGUUAUGACUCUGUUGAAGCUUUUCAGUCAUUAGAUAAGGCAAUAAGUGAACAUGAAAAAUCAAAAAAUAGCAUAGAAGGAUCAUCCAAGAGGCUCUUCUACCUUGCACUCCCUCCAUCAGUUUAUCCAGCUGUUUGCAGGAUGAUAAAGCUGUAUUGCAUGAAUAGAUGGAUUUGGUCUUUGAUUUUCAUGGCUGGUGGCUUGUCCUUUAGUGAGGAAAAUCACAAGGAAAUAAGUGAUGAUUCUUGGGAAAUAAUGGGGGACAAAGGGGAUGGGUGAUGGUUGGUUUUAUUGGCCUUAUAUUGGGUCAUUCAUGGAAGGUAUGUGGGGACUGAUUUGGUGGGUGGAGUGUCAAUAAACUCACAAAAGUCUUUUGUCCUUUUGUUAUUGUUUAUCCAGCCUAGGUGGGAGACACAAGGGGGACAAUGGUUGGUCAAUGUUGGGGAAUAAAAGAGGGGUUGUUUU